UUGAGCACCGUUGACACGCUGGCUUCUACUGCUAUAUGUGGUAUCAUACACUCGUUGUUUGGUGGCCAGCCUUUGUUGAUCUUAGGAGUUGCAGAGCCCACUGUAAUAAUGUAUAGUUAUUUAUACAGUUUCGCAAAAGGAAACAAUGCGAUUGGGAAAGAGCUCUACUUGGCUUGGGUUGGAUGGGUGUGUGUCUGGACAGCUCUCCUGCUCUUUCUUCUCGCGAUAUUCAAUGCUUGCACAAUUAUCAAUAGAUUUACAAGGGUUGCCGGGGAACUUUUUGGCAUGUUGAUUGCAGUUCUUUUCAUUCAACAAGCUGUGAAGGGUAUAUUAGGAGAAUUCAGAAUCCCUGAACAUGAAGACCCAAAUUUAGAAAAAUAUAAUUUUCAGUGGUUGUAUACAAAUGGCCUGCUAGGUGUUAUAUUCACCUUUGGUUUACUAUAUACUGGUUUAAAAAGCCGAGGGGCAAGAUCAUGGCAGUACGGCACUGGAUGGUUUCGGACUCUCAUUGCGGACUAUGGAGUUCCUUUAAUGGUAUUAGCAUGGGCAGCAUUGUCAUUUGGUGUACCGGGGAAACUUCCUUCCGGUGUUCCUAGGAGGCUUGAAAGCCCUCUUCCUUGGGACACUGCAUCCUUGAAGCAUUGGACUGUAAUCAAGGAUAUGGCUAAGGUCCCACCAGCAUACGUAUUUGCUGCCUUCAUACCCGCUGUUAUGGUCGCUGGUCUUUAUUUUUUCGAUCAUAGUGUCGCUUCACAAAUGGCACAACAGAAGAACUUCAAUCUCAGGAAACCAUCUGCUUACCAUUAUGACAUUUUAGUCCUCGGGGUUUUGACUCUGUUCUGUGGAUUGAUUGGACUCCCUCCAUCCAAUGGAGUACUCCCACAAUCUCCUAUGCACACGAAAAGUCUGGCUGUGCUCAGUAAACAGUUGAUAAGAAAGAAGAUGGUAAAAGGUGCCAAGGAAUGCAUGAAGCAAAAUGCCAGCAACUCAGAAAUCUAUGGCAAGAUGCAGGCUGUGUUUAUAGAAAUCAACAGAACUCCACUGCCUUCAGCAGCUAAUGAGUUGAAGGACUUGAAGGAUACGGCUAUGAAAGAUGAUGAUGGAGGCAUUGCAUAUGGUAACUUUGAUCCUGAAAAACAUACUGAUGCUCACUUGCCGGUUCAAGUUAAUGAGCAAAGGUUUAGCAACCUUUUGCAAUCACUUCUCGUGGGAGUAUCAUUGCUUGCCAUGCCCAUAAUAAAGAAGAUACCAACAUCAGUGCUAUGGGGAUAUUUUGCUUACAUGGCCAUUGACAGCCUCCCUGGGAACCAAUUCUGGGAAAGAAUCUUGCUGCUUUUCGUUACCCCUAGUCGAUGUCAUAAGAUAUUGGAAGCUCCCCAUGCUUCAUUUGUAGAGAAUGUGCCCUUUAGGCAUAUUUCAAUGUUUACGCUUUUCCAAUUAGCAUACCUUCUCAUUUGUUUUGGAGUGACAUGGAUACCCGUUGCUGGGAUAUUGUUCCCCUUGCCAUUCUUCCUACUUAUAAGCAUACGUCAGCAUGUCCUUCCUAAGCUCUUUCACCCAUUUUACCUUCAUGAGCUGGAUGCGGCUGAGUAUGAGGAAAUCGAGGGAGCUCCAAGACGCGGUGGUGCAGUCUCAUUCAAGGAACGAAAUGGUUCGGUUGAUGGUAUAGAUUUAAGUUUAUGUGAUUCUGAGAUACUGGACGAGCUGAGCACCAGGAGAGGAGAGUUGAAGCUUAUAUCGAAAAGCUUCGGUGAUGAUAAGAUUUUUCAGGUGCAUCCUGGCGAGGAUUCGGAAGGCGGUCUUUGAAGAUUAUGAAAAGCAGCUUUUUGUAAGGGAUCAAGUUCACCUGGAGAGGGUUUGUGAAGAAACCGUAGCGUGUUAAUGCAACUGGAUUUGAUCUGUGGAAUCUCUAAAAUAAUUAUUUUACGGUCUUGAAAAGAAUUCUACCUUUAAGAGAGAGAGAGAACAAGCAGAGCAGCAGCUCAAUGAUUUAAGCCUCUCUAAUCAAUUUGGUUAUAGAGAUCCAAGUCAUAUGGAUUAUUAUACUUGUAAAAUUGCUGAUCCACAGUUUAUGAAUAAAUUCAUCAACGGUCAGGAAAACC